AUGCCAGAACCUGUCCUAGAGCGUUGGCGCCGCGAUCCACGCGGGCAGCCAUGGUGGGAUGCAGCACGCCGAACCCUUGCAACCUCCCCACCAGUCUCUGUGAGCAGCCUUACGGACGCGCUUAUUACUGCGAGCGCCGCCGCCGGUGCCCCGCUCCCCGAGGCCGCCUUGCGUGAGGCAGCCGCCUUGCCCGCGGGUGCUUUCGUGCAUCUCGGCUGGACCGUGCGCAACCUUGCCCAGGCAGGCGGAUACAUUCCGGCCGCGAGCCAGGAAGCAUGCCUGCAGCUGUAUGGGGGGCCUGCCUUCGCCUCUGACCUCAACCGCGCUUCUGAUGCCUUCCGCCUUGUUGCCGCCCCAGCCACCGAGCCGGUCAACGCAGAGGCGCCUCAGACUUCCAGCGUGCACGCCCCGGUGCCUCAGCAACCCACCGCCGAUGAGGACGGCGAUGCCAGUCUCGCCCGUGCUGCCCUCAGUGCACGACGAGGAAGUGGGCGUGGACGGAGAGGCCGUGGCCGGGGCGCCCGGGGCCGCGGAGCUCGUGAGCCCCCGCCACCUCCUGCGGACCACUUGCUCGCAAGCCAGGGCGAGGCCCGCGCUGACCCUGAACCGCCCUCAACGGCACAGCGCGCGCAGGUGUUGCACGCACGGCACAGCAGCGCUGCGGCUGACAGCAUGUUGCGCGGCCUUUUGUCCCUCGAUGCUGUCAGCCUCCAGGGUCAGUGCCAGACACGUGUCCUCACGCUGCAGGCCGCCCCCUCGCGCACGCGAGGUACCUUGCGUGCAGCCAUGCGCUACGGCCUUCGCUGCAUCGUCAACCCUGAAACACCCGAGCAUGAGGUGCGAGGGUGGAAGCUGUUCUGCCUUGCACCUCGCAUGCUCCUCCACCGCUCGCCUGGCCAGUCUAGCGUUCCCGCAGCCGAGCUUGACCGCCGCUGCGAGCUUUUCAGGGCUGGGGACUGGGCUGACCUGCUGGAGCAGGCCGCCGGCUGUGUCGCUGGAGCACCCAGUUCGCAGCAGGGUCGCUCGCCACCGAGUGAUGGAGCGCGCGCUCACCGUGCCCCCGCCCUUGUCCACCUCGAUGAGCUCUCUGCGGCGUCGCGCGCCCUCACUGCCGAGCCACUCGCGCCCGGUAACGAUGACACUUUAGCCGAGCUCACCGACCCUGACAAACGCCCCCCGCACCCGUAUGCCGCUUUGCCGGAUGCGGUGCUUGCCUUCCAAGCAGAGCAUGAGUGUCCCUUGCCCAUGCCCGCGUUCCUCGCGGCCCUGCGCGGCGCCCGCCGCGGCUCUGCGGCCGGGCCGUCUGGCACCACCGCCGAGCACCGCACCUUGCUUGAUGAUGAAGAGGACAGCCGGCUCCUCCACGCUGCUGCCCUCAGUCUCGUUAAUGCAUACGAGUCGGACGCCUUGUUGCGCUGCGCAAGCCUAAUGGCCGCGUCCGUGCUUUGGUUGUCGGCGACGUCCUCCGCCGACUUGUCGGCAAGGUGCCGGGCACGGUCCGUGCCGCCACCUUCACGCGCUGCCGCCAUCUCGGCUUUCACUCUCCGGUGGUUUGCGGUCCUUUCCGAUGCAGCCCCGCGCUUUUUCGCAGCCAACUUGUUGUCCUUGCCCCAUACCGGCACGGCAAAUUUUGACGGGGAGCUCCCACCUCUGAGCGACAUCCUUGCCGACUCUCCUUCCCAACCCCCGUUCGCCAGCCGUGUGGUGUUACUGCGCUUUGCGUGCGCCGCCUCUGCCGCUCUUUGCUGUAGACUGUUGCUUUGCCUUUGGGCUUUGCACAGGGUCUUGCGCGACGUGCUCGCGUGCCGGGCAUUGGGCAAUUGCUUCGUCAAGAAAUGGAGCAGCAAUACCAAUGUCGGUUCUGCACGCACUGCCUCGCCACGCAUGCUCUUUGCAGGGCCCGUGCAUCUCGGCAUCAUGAGCGUCACAGUGCUUCGGAUGCAGGUCCGGACCAUUGUCGGUACAUUCAUGGCCUGGAUGGCAUGCCCACCCGUCGCAUGUGUCGUCGGCGGGCUCCGGGGCGCGGAAGCUCCCCGCAUCGUCGCCCAGCUCUUGCGCGCUCCUGUUGCCUUGCGCAGCGGCUAG